GACGCCGCUGCCGGCUUUAUAAACUUCACAUAGGCAUUUGGAGGCUAUACUCCGACUGUGAAAGAAGGAAGCUAGCUAGCGCCAUGGCCAGAACCAAGCAAACCGCUCGCAAAUCCACCGGUGGCAAAGCACCCAGGAAGCAGCUCGCCACCAAGGCUGCGCGCAAGAGCGCCCCGGCCACCGGCGGCGUGAAGAAGCCUCACCGUUACAGGCCCGGCACCGUGGCUCUUAGAGAGAUCCGUCGUUACCAGAAGUCCACUGAGCUGCUGAUCCGCAAACUGCCUUUCCAGCGCCUGGUGCGAGAAAUUGCCCAGGACUUUAAGACCGACCUGCGCUUCCAGAGUUCCGCAGUGAUGGCCCUGCAGGAGGCAAGCGAGGCUUACCUGGUCGGCCUGUUCGAGGACACCAACCUGUCUAGCGAACACACGAUGUCUGGAAGAGGUAAAGGCGGCAAGGGACUCGGAAAAGGAGGCGCCAAGCGUCACCGUAAGGUUCUCCGCGAUAACAUCCAGGGAAUCACCAAGCCCGCCAUUCGCCGUCUGGCUCGCCGUGGCGGCGUGAAGCGUAUCUCCGGCCUGAUCUACGAGGAGACCCGCGGUGUCCUGAAGGUGUUCCUCGAGAACGUGAUCCGUGACGCCGUCACCUACACCGAGCACGCCAAGAGAAAGACCGUUACGGCCAUGGACGUGGUCUACGCUCUGAAACGCCAGGGACGCACCCUGUACGGUUUCGGCGGUUAAACGCACCCUUCUCGGAACGUCAACAUCCCGACUUGAACCCAAAGGCUCUUUUAAGAGCCACCCACAUCCGCUUCAAAAGGGCCA